AUGACAAAAGUGUAUACAAAAGAAGAUAGAAAACGAUAUGGAUUGAAAAUACCAAAAGGAUUUAAUGCAAUUGGUGAUGAAUGUUUUGAAGGAUGUAGUGAUAUUGAUAAAAUUAAUAUCCCCACAUAUAUUACAUCAUUAGGAGAUAAAUGUUUUUAUGAAUGUUCAUCAUUAAAAUCUAUUAACAUACCAACUUCUGUUAUUAAAAUUGGAGAUGAAUGUUUUAGUGGAUGCGAAUCAUUAAAGUCAGUAAAUAUACCAUCAUCAGUUAGUGAAUUAGGGGUAUGUUGUUUUUUUGGAUGUGAAUCACUAAAAUCAAUUGAUAUUCCAUCUUCAGUUAUUAAAAUAGGAUGUGAAUGUUUUUUAUAUUGUACAUCAUUAAAAUCAAUUGAUAUACCAUCACCAAUUAUUAAAAUAGGGUAUCUGUGUUUUGAAGGUUGUGAAUCAUUAACAAGUAUAAAUAUUGGAAAUGUUCAAUUUAUUAGUGAGGGUAGAAUGUUUGUAGGAAAAGAAAAACUAGUAUCAAUUCCUAUUAAUAACUUAAAAAGAAUUAAUGGAAGACCAAUAAGAGAAAGAGAUAUUAAUGAAAUUGUUAUUCCAAAGUCAAUUAGAAAAAUAGGAGAUGGAUGUUUUAAGGGAUGUGAGUCAUUAAAAUCGAUCAAUAUUCCAUCAUCAGUUAGUAAAUUAGGAGACAAUUGUUUUAGUGAAUGUUCAUCAUUAAAAUCAAUUAAUAUACCAUCAUCAGUUAAAUGUAUAGGAGAUGAUUGUUUUAGUGGAUGUAAAUGUGAAGAAGAACUAAAGAAUGAUAAGAGAAUAGGAAAAAUCUACAUCCAAAAAGGUGAAGAAAGUGAUUAG